AGCUAACCGCAAUAUCUAGACGGGUCGGGCUUGACUGAGAGCUCCAGAACCCAAGAAAUCUGAUUAAAAAAAAAAACAACAACAACUGACGUCGAUACCUUAUGGUUAAACGUUUGGUUUCGAAUUAAACGAGAUGUCAACCCCAGCGCGACGGCGUUUAAUGAGAGAUUUUAAACGACUCCAAGAGGACCCUCCUGCGGGGGUUAGCGGGGCCCCAUCUGAAAAUAACAUCAUGGUCUGGAAUGCCGUAAUAUUUGGACCAGAGGGAACGCCUUUUGAAGAUGGAACUUUCAAACUCACAAUAGAAUUUACAGAGGAAUAUCCGAAUAAACCUCCCACGGUCCGGUUUGUAUCCAAAAUGUUCCACCCUAAUGUGUAUGCAGAUGGUAGUAUAUGUUUGGACAUACUUCAGAACCGCUGGAGUCCCACAUAUGAUGUUUCUUCAAUUCUAACAUCUAUACAGUCUUUACUGGAUGAGCCAAACCCCAACAGUCCUGCCAAUAGCCAGGCAGCGCAGCUGUACCAGGAGAACAAACGCGAGUAUGAGAAACGUGUGUCUGCAAUUGUGGAACAGAGCUGGCGUGACUGUUGACACCCCUUACCAACUUCACACAGUAUGAACAAUACCCAGCCACAGGCAUCAAGAGGAAAACCAUCACACAGAGAAUAAAAUGAAUACCCAUCAUGUUUCGAAUGCUCCUAUUACUCUGUAGAAUUGUCUGUUUUGUAGCUGUUGCGAGGUUAAAGUGCUGUUGUGUUGUGAUCUCCCUCUUCAUGCUGAGUCUUGCUCUUGAACAAGGACAUUUACAUAAUUGAAAAGUAUGUACCUUGCCUCUUCAAGAUUGCUUGCUAUCAGCAUUUCUUUGACUUGUUCUCAAAAGCCCACAACCUCCAUGUAGGAGUUGGUACAUACACUGUUUGAUUUUGGUUUGCUCUUAUAGUGUGGGCUGAUUUGCAGUUAAGCUAUCAACAGGAUGCAAGUGGUUGCUCAAGUUGUGGUUUCCAGUGUGAAAAUAGAUUUAAUGAAUAUCCCUGCUUGAAUCAAUUGGUUAUCUGAUCUUUUUCUUUAUCAUAAAGACAGCUUAUUCAACCCCUUCCAUGUUUCAGUCCAGUUUCAAUGCCAAGGUGCUCUUGGUUGCAGAAUGCAGGCUAAUGAGUGUCAUGCUGAGCUCUAUUAUUUUUAAUUUUACAGAUAUUACUGUGUUCUGUGAAAACACAAAGUCAAUUUGAGGCUAAAGUAGUAAAAAUAAGCUUUUAAAAAGUAUGGAUGAACUUUGAAUAUUAUUUUAAUACUAAAAAAGGAUUAUUUGUUUUUUUUAUUUAUACCUUAAAUGUAUGCUUCUGCUAUGGAAGAUCGUCACAAGAGUUCCUUAAUUUCAUAAAGCCUCCAGGGCUUGGAAUGUCACAAAAUGGUACUGAUGUACUCAUAUACUGUGUGCAUCAUCGUGCUGCUUUGUACUUCCAUUGCAUGACCAUUUGGCCCUAUUCUUUCAUUCUGAUUUUCAGUCUGACGUGGAUUGCUCACCCAUAUGCCCAAGCAUUAUAGUUUUACGUUUGUUCUAAUGCUGUGUCCACUUUAAUUAAUGUAGACCGUUGUUUUUCAAAUACACAUCCAGAGUUUGAGUGUCAGAAUUUGCACUAGAAAACCAUGUAAGAAACUACAUUUUCUCACUUCUUGUAAAUAAACAGUAAAAUAAG